UGCACAACCUGUAGCAAAGUAGUUAGCAAAGCUAUCAGUAGCGAGCUAACAUAGCUGCGUCCAACACGACAUGUACACCGAUAGGCACUAACCCUGACUAGUAAAACCACAGGUUGUUGUGAUGUCUGAGCCUAAGCCCCCUACUCCAACCCCUGGAGACACAUACAAAGGUUGGCUCUUCAAAUGGACUAACUACAUAAAAGGUUACCAGAGACGCUGGUUUGUUCUCAGCAAUGGACUGCUGUCUUACUAUAGGACCCAGGCAGAGAUGGGUCACACAUGCCGAGGUACCAUCAACUUGGCCACAGCAAACAUCGCUGUGGAGGACUCGUGCAAUUUUGUCAUUUCCAAUGGAGGGGCACAGACCUAUCAUCUGAAGGCCAGCUCAGAAGUGGAGCGCCAGCGGUGGAUCACUGCUCUGGAACUUGCCAAAGCAAAGGCUGUCCGCAUGCAGGCUGAGUCCGAUGACUCCGGUGAUGAUUGCCCUGCAGUCCCCCCAACCUCAGGACAGGGAGGAGGCUGUCGUAACUCAGAAGUCCAGUCCACACUACGCACUCUCAGCAGCAAGGUGGAAGACCUUACCACCUGCAAUGAUCUCAUUGUCAAGCAUGGGUCUGCUCUCCAAAGAUCUUUAUCAGAGCUAGAGGGGAUUCGUGUUGGAGCAGACAUGGGAGAAAAGAUCAGACAAGUCACAGAAAGGGCCACACUGUUCCGAAUCACCUCUAAUGCCAUGAUCAAUGCAUGUAGAGACUUCCUCUCCCUGGCCCAGAAUCACAGUAAGCGCUGGCAGAAGGCUUUACAGACUGAAAGAGACCAGAGGAUACGUCUGGAGGAGACUCUGGAGCAGCUAGCCAAACAGCAUAACCACCUGGAAAGAGCUUUCAGAGGAGCCACGGUUCUCCCCUCCUCAUUCAGCAAUCCCACCUUAGGUAGCAAAGGUGGUGUUACAGGAAAAGGUGAUGCCAGCGAUGAGGAUGAUGACAACGAAUUCUUUGAUGCCAUGGAAGACCCAGCAGAGUUUAUUACUGUCCCUGCUGACCCCAAGUAUCACAGGAGAUCUGGCAGCAACGUCAGUGGACUCAGCAGUGAGAUUGGAAUGGAUGAUCAGUCAGUCAAUUUUGAUGAACUGUCUUUGGCAUCCAAUCCGGAGUCUCCACAGCCUCUCGAGCUAGAGCCAGUUAGACAAAGACGAACACGUAUCCCUGACAAACCCAACUAUUACCUCAAUCUGUGGAGCAUCAUGAAGAACUGUAUUGGAAAGGAACUGUCAAAGAUACCAAUGCCUGUGAAUUUCAAUGAGCCCUUGUCAAUGCUGCAACGAUUAUCUGAAGACCUGGAGUACUACGAGCUCCUGGAUAAGGCUGCUAAGUGUCAGAAUUCUCUAGAGCAAAUGUGUUAUGUAGCAGCUUUCACAGUCUCUUCCUACUCCACCACUGUCCACCGCACAGGAAAGCCUUUCAAUCCUCUGCUGGGAGAAACCUUUGAGCUUGAUCGGCUCAGAGAGUGCGGUUACCGUUCUCUUUGUGAACAGGUGAGUCACCACCCACCUGCUGCAGCUCACCAUGCUGUCUCUGAAAAGGGCUGGACCCUCAGACAGGAGAUUGCACUUGCCAGCAAAUUUAGAGGAAAAUAUCUCUCUAUCAUGCCCUUGGGUUCUAUCCAGUGUUUAUUUGACAAGAGCAACAAUCACUACUCUUGGAAAAAAGUGACCACAACAGUACACAACAUUAUUGUUGGGAAAUUAUGGAUUGAUCAGUCAGGAGAGAUCGAUGUGGUGAACCACAAGACAGGAGAUCGCUGUCACCUCAAGUUUGCUCCCUACAGUUACUUCUCCAGAGAUGUUCCAAGAAAGGUAACAGGAGUUGUGACAGAUAAGGAUGGAAAGGCCCAUUACGUGCUGUCAGGAACAUGGGAUGAGAAGAUGGAGUUUUCCAGGAUAAUGCAAAGCAGUAAAGGGGAGAACGGCACUGAAGGCAAACAGAGGACUGUAUAUCAGACCCUCAAAGCCAAAGAAAUCUGGAGAAAGAACCCUUUACCAGAUGGAGCGGAGACCAUGUACUUCUUCUCCACGCUGGCCUUGACGCUUAAUGAAACUGAAGAUGGAGUGGCGCCAACAGACAGCCGUCGUCGCCCCGACCAGCGCUUAAUGGAGGACGGCCGCUGGGAUGAGGCAAACGCAGAGAAACAGAGGCUCGAAGAAAAACAACGCACUGCCCGUCGAGAAAGAGAGAGGGAAGCUGUUAAAGCAGCCAGCUCACCCGAGGAAGCCGAUGUACAAGAGACUGGCACGGAAGCAAGUGAGGUUUCUGAUGAAAGCGCCCAUCCAGACAACUACCAGGCACAGUGGUUCGAGAAGAUUGAUGACCCUGUAUCCGGAGACACUUUCCAUGUCUACAAGGGAGGUUACUGGGAGGCGAAAGACCAGGGAAGCUGGGACAUGUGCCCUGACAUCUUCUGAUCACAGCGGAAACAGUUUCCCACAGUGGUAAACGAAUAAGAAGAAGGUAAAAGGGGCGCUCCCCUCUACCAGCUAGAGUAGGAAAUCAAGCCUGACAUCAACCCAUCCUCAGUGUCCGUUGCUUCCUCUGAUCACCCCAUUCAGCAGGAUCAAGGUUAUCUGGACUACAGAACUCCCUUUCACUGCCUCUUGAUGUUGGUCCACCCACUGUUUGUUCCCAGUCCAGGCUCCUGUGAGCCAACUUUUGAGUUGCAUUAACAGGUUUUCUGGUAUUGUCAUUAUUCAUUUUCAUUGGACACUGUUUUCAGAGACAUAAUUCUUCCAGAUGAAAUCUUACAAUGUACAAGGUUUGAAUUGAUAGAGUGAUCUACAACCUAACAUGUGAUUUAUGUGUUUGUUUUGGUUCUUGCUUGUGAUUAUUUUGAAAUAAAUUUAUUGCAGCUUCCCCAGCUCAGCACCACUGUAAGUUUAAUCAAAAGUAUCUAAUAGUUCAUGCAGUGAAUAUUCACUGUUUCAGCCAGUCAGCUUAAGCUUCAGAGGUUUGGAAAUCAAUAACUUUCCAAGGAAAUAAUUAAUGGCAUGUUUCAGCAAUUAUUUUUGGAGUGUCACAAACACAUAAUACAGAGUUUGCCUUCGAAUUUAUGGUGAUUUGUGGUGCUGCUUUAGUCUUUGAAGUGAAACAACACCUCUGGAUGAACACUAUAUCUAAAUGUUAGCCUUUUUCAAUUUUUGCACUUCAUUUGUUCAUUUCAAAACCUAUUGUCUCAUUCAUAUUACUUUUUUAAUCCCUCCAAUAUUUCUUCAAAACCUCUUUAAAUACAUGAUAUAGUGGUGAAGAGAUGUAGCUUUUUGUGAUGAUGCCACUCCUCCUAUUGGCCUGAUAAAGUCUGGUUUGAUCACCUUAACAAUCCCUAAACACAGUUCUUAAAUGGCUAAGUGCUUCAAUCCCUAUAAGUUGUCUUUUUUUUUUACUUUUUCACUCUUAAAGAAUUUCCUUUUUCUACACUUUUGACAAAAAAUACAUUUCUGUGUGCAGCACAUUAAUGUGACUACAUGUUCUUUAUUUCAUAUGGUAACACAUUGAAUAUCAUUCAAACUGAAGUGCUGUUACCAAACAUAUGUAUUGACACCAAUGAAAAUAACAAUUUUCAUUGCCAGUGGGAAGCAAAACAUUUCUUUCACUGUCUUUUUGCUGAGUACAGGUGUUGACUUUUGGGUCACAGCCUGGUUAGAUAAAAUCAUAUUGUUUGUUGCAGUGUAAUAAAUCUACUCUAAUCCUUAUAUUUAAAGUAAAAUGUGUGAGCAAGUCCACUCUGCCUCUCCAAAUACAUGGAUUUUAGAUGUAUUUUUGUAACUAGAAAAACCAUUUCAGUUCCGCUUUCAGCGUAAAUGUUUAGGCUUUUCAUGUAACCAGUUGAGAUUAAAUUUAAAGCAGGUGAGCUGUGCUCCAAGUUGUCACUGAGAUAUACACACUGAUUUCUACUGGCCUGAUGAUUUGUAAAGUGAAGGGAAAUACAAGGCGAGUGCUUUUCCCUUCCUGGUUUCCUUUAAAACUUACUGAUCAUAGCUUUAAUCUUGAUAUUCUAGUCUUUGUGUGCUGCGAGUGUAGAUUUCUAACAGACAGCAAUAAGAGUGCCUCUGCUCAUACAUGUGGCACAAAAUGAAAUGCGAGGGCAGUGUGAAGCAAGAACGCUGCAAAAAAAGAAAAGGAAAAAAAAAACGUAAUUCCGUCUUUGCAUUCGUCUCUGUUGUUGUUGUUUGUCGUGAGUGGAGGGACUGUGUGGUGGAUACAAAUCUAAACUCCAUUUUAUAUUCAAGUGUACUUAAAAUGAGAACACUCAAAAUGAAGGCAAUUCAUAAUGUUGCAAAUGUUUCUGUGUAAAUAUAUUAAAUAGUAAAGUAAUUGUGAUAAUAACUGGUUGCAUUGAUAGAGAAUCUAAAGGCAGUGAUGCACUUUUAAUUUUUUUCUUUUUUUUUUUUUCCAUUUUUCUUUCUUGUUUACUCAGAACUGGAUAUAGUUUCAUUGUCCGACCUGAGUGUAGCAUGUCCCCAUGAGCCACCCUUUACCACCUCUGAUAGCUUUCUUUUUUUAAAUUAUAUUAAUUUCUUUUUGACCUAUAUAAUUCCUUACUACCUUCAACUGUUAAUUUAUAUGCCACCUAUAUAGAUGCUACACUUUGUCUCUUCAUUAUUUUUUUGGAUUUAGUCCUUGGUUUCAAUUGCGUAGACCCAUCGUUCCAUUUCUGUGUUUUUUUUGUUUGUUUGUUUGUUUUUUUUUUAGAUUUCUACCUUUUUCAUCCCUUUUAUUGUCUCCAGCUACGAAUUCUGCCCGGCACCAUGGAGGCUGACACUGUCCAAGACGUUUCUUAAAAAGAGACUGAAGGUGUUCUUGCACUUCAGUACAAUACAUGAGUGAUUUCUGACUUGAUUUGACUGAUAAAUGGUCGACUUUAGACGUUGGCUACCGAAGAGUUUGUCAUUUUGUGAGUUUGUUCUGAAAAGUUUUUUCCUGAACCAUGUUCAAGAAUUGCAAACAAAUGUAUUGAUUUUCAAUUCUGAGCAUAGUUUUCACCAUUUCUGUCCUUUAAUGCAGUUUUUCAGCAAGAUUGUGUUAAAAAUUGACUGUAUUAAAGUUUGAAUGGAGAUGAUGCA